CUCUCAUGCGUAGGAUAAAACGAGCACAAAUUCGUAACUGCACUCCUACCAUCUCCCAAGCUCCAACAAUCCUCCGAGUAGACCUCUCCUCUACCACGAUACCACCUUUUGGCCCGUUUCGUUAGGUCUGGAGUACUCCCAAUCUUCCAAUCUCCAUUUGUGUAUUUUACACGGCAUCGGCUGUUUGUUAUUGUAAUAUUAGUAUUUGUGGCCGCUGACUGUUCUUUGUACAAGGGAAAAUUUCUACCACUUUAAGCCAGGAUUGCAAAAUUACCACUGUGUGGCGAUUUAUUUUGAACGAUUCUCCGGGAGAAGUCCGUACAACUCUUCUUCUUGUCACCUCUGCUUUUUGGACUUAUUUGACAAAAGUAGGUCUCUGUAAAUAUUAAAGGAGGUCCCCAAUUUGUUCCUUAGAUUUGCUGUGUACUAAUUUCUACAAAAUGGUUGUCUCGAUGGUUUCUAUUUUGCUGUCCGUCGGACUUGCUUGGUAUGUGGGCUAUAUUGCCAAUCAAAUUUUCAACCGUGACCCGAAGCGUCCGCCUGUUGUAUUUCACUGGUUUCCCUUCAUCGGUUCCGCUGUGACAUAUGGUAUUGAUCCUUAUGUCUUUUUCCGUCAGUGCCGUGCUAAAUACGGCGACGUGUUCACUUUCGUACUUAUGGGUCGCAAGAUUACGGCAUACCUUGGUGUGAAGGGAAACGACUUCCUUUUCAACGGUAAGCUGGCUGAUCUCAGUGCCGAGGAGGCUUACUCCCACUUGACUACUCCUGUAUUUGGUAAAGACGUUGUUUACGAUGUCCCUAACCAUGUUCUUAUGGAACAUAAAAAGUUUAUCAAGUCUGGUCUCGGUUUCGACCAGUUCCGUGCCUAUGUCCCCCUUAUCGUCAACGAAAUGCACGAUUUCCUUGCCAAGGCUCCCACUUGGGGACCUGGUAAGUCUGGUGUCGCUGAUCUGUUGGCCACUAUGCCUGUUAUGACUAUCUAUACUGCUUCUCGUACUUUGCAAGGUGAGGAGGUCCGUGCUGGUUUUAACGCUGGCUUUGCCGACUUGUAUCAUGAUCUUGACCAAGGCUUUACCCCAAUCAACUUUAUCUUCCCAUGGUUGCCCCUUCCCCGUAACAAGCGCCGCGAUCGUGCUCACAACAUCAUGGCCGAAACCUACUUGAACAUCAUCAAGAAGCGUCGUGCUGCUCACGAGAAUCCCGGCACCGAUAUGAUCUGGACUUUGAUGGGUAGCCGUUACAGGGAUGGCCGUCCUCUUAAGGACCAUGAGAUUGCUAACAUGAUGAUUGCCCUCUUAAUGGCUGGCCAACACACUUCCGCUGCUACGAUCAUGUGGAUUUUGUCCUUGCUGGGCAGCAAGCCUGAGGUCAUUGAGAUGCUCUAUGAAGAGCAGAAACGUGUUUUCGGAAAGGAGCUUCGCCCUCUUGACUUCGACUCCUACAAGGAUCUCCACUUGGUGAACUACGUUAUCCGCGAGGCUCUUCGCCUUCACCCUCCGAUCCACAGUAUUAUGCGUAAGGUGAAACGCAACUUGGCUGUCCCUGGCACCAAGAUUGUCAUUCCUGCUGGUCAUCAUUUGCUUGCGGCCCCGGGUGUCACUGCCACCGAUGAGGAGUUCUUUGCUCACGCCAAGGACUUCGAUCCCGAGCGUUGGAAUUCUCGUGUUAACGAGGACGAAGGCGAUGUGGAGAGAGUUGACUAUGGUUAUGGUCUCGUCACUAAGGGUGCCGCUUCCCCUUUCCUUCCAUUUGGAGCUGGUCGUCACCGCUGCAUUGGAGAGCAAUUUGCCACGAUGCACUUGUGCACUCUUGUUUCUACGUUUGUUCGUGAGUACAAGUGGACGACCGUUGGCGGCGUGCCCAAGGUGGACUAUUCCAGUAUGGUUGCCCUUCCGCUUGGUCCUGUAAAGAUCGCCUGGGAGCGCAGGGAGUAAGGAUGAGUGCUCUUUGUCGUCGGCGGGAAACACAGUUGCUACGGAAUCGUCCGAAACAUUGUCUUUUAUCUUGAUUUUUCUGAAAAGUGCCCAGAGCGUUCGUGUGAAACGAUAUCCUCUUGUGCUGCCUUUUCUUGUAUCUUUUACCAUUUUACCUUUUUGAAUGUGCUUUUUAAAGAUGCUUCUGUAUUACGUCCGGCACACUUCACAUCUUCUCCUUUUUCUUUUCCUUAUUUUUAUGAGGGUUGGCAUGCCGUUACGACGCGAAGCUGGUCCGACAUGUUGGCCGGGCAGUGAUACCUGCCUGCCUUGAUGUCGGCCCAGGCUCGUCGAGACUGGCUGUCUGUACUUUUUAGUGUACUACAUUUUGGCAUGUAUUAUAUAUUAUAUAUUGACCAGACGUUUCAGGUGUAGUUGUGUUACUUGGGCCAGAGAUGAGUGAGGUAU